UACUUUGAAAGCAACAAGGCAGUGACAGCGUCGAGCGCCGUCAAACCUAAAAGAGGACUAAACAAGACUUCAGCAGAUCACAACAAUAUUUUCCACAAAAACAUUCGGAAGUGUAACGUUUGUUCUACAAAUACAAAUCGUUCUUUGCGAUUUGAAUUUAGAUUUUCUGUCGUUAAAAGCCCGGAAGUGUUGUUAUUGCGUUGUGUCUAACUUCAUCUCCAUUACAAUGUUAGCCGGGCGGAUGAGCUGAUUAUGUCUAAACAUUUAUUCUACUUCCGAACUGGAACAUGUCAUCGUUCCCAGAGGAUCUGUUGCAAGAAAAAUUGACCGAGUGUCAGUACAGCUUCCCAGACGAAACCCUGCUUGACGUCAGGCGUGUCAGAGCUGUCUACAAGGACCUGCGUCUUCAUGUGGACUACUAUCCAGGUAAGCCUGAGAAGAAGGGGAAGAAGCUGCUCUACCUGGAUGGAACCAUACCGGUCCUGUACAAGGAGUAUCAGUACAACACCCCGGUGUGCAUUUGGCUCCAUGAGAACCACCCUGUCAGCUGGCCCAGAUGCUGGGUCCGUCCCUCCGUCUCCAUGGUGAUCAACAGUGCAUGUCCCUUCGUGGACGCCCAGGGCCUCGUCAUCCUCCCCUGCCUCAGCAACUGGACCCAGGGCGUGUCCAACUUGACCCGACUCAUCGAUGAAAUGAGGAUGGCGUUCCAGAAGGUCACACCCAUUUACGCCAGGAUUCUUCCCGCAUCGAGAGACGGAGACCCUGUGCCGUCGCCAGGGCAACAGGGGCCGUCUGUACCCAGCGUCCUGGAGCACGGCAGUGGGUCCAGCUCGUCCCCCGUGACGACACACUGCCCUCAGGAGGUCAGCCAGUCCUCCCACCACACAGGCAGCCAAUCGGAGCCGAGCAGGGCGCUGGGUCUGCGGCCUUCGUACACAGAUGAACUACUGGGGAUCGACUUCAGCACUCCACAGAGCUUGAACCCCUUCCUCCGUCAGCCCUCAUCUCCCUCAUUCCCCCCACCCUCCUCUUCCUCCUCCUCCUCUUUCUCCCCCUCCCAGCCUACGCCUCCAGCAGAUGUUGUGAACCUGCUGUUUCGAAGACUGCAGCUGGACCCACAAAGUGGCCACCUGAACACAGGAAGUGGUCAUCAAGCACCAGGAAGUGGUAAUCUGACACCAGGAAGUGGUUACCUGACUCCAGAAAGUGGUCGCCUGACACCAGAAGUGGAUCAACGGACUAUAGGAAGUGGUUAUCUGAUACCAGGAAGUGGUCAUCUGACUCCAGGAAGUGGUCGCCUGACACCAGAAGAGGAUCAACGGACUAUAGGAAGUGGUCAUCUGAUACCAGGAGGAGAUCACCGGACUACUGGAACUGGUCGCCUGACACCAAGAGGAAAUCACCGGACGACAGGAAGUGGUCACCUGACCCAGCAGCCAGAGCUAGCCAAGGUCUCUCUCCAGGACGGGCUCCCUGCUGAGAAGGCGGCGUUGUUCUGGAGCCUGAUGACCCUGCAGAGCCAGAACUUCCAGCCCCUGGACGUCCUGGAAGCCGUGAAGCUCAACAAGGACCUCCCCUCCGCCCUCAAGUACCUGUCUCACACCUGUCCAAUCUGCGAGGAGCAGGUGACCUUCAGUAAGAUCAUCGCCAUGACCCACUGCCCGUGUGCCUUCUGCGAGGACUGCUUCAAGGCCUACUUCACCACGGCCAUCAAGGAGAAGACCAUCGAUAAGCUGGUGUGUCCGCUGUGCAGCCGGCCGGACACCAGAGGCAAGCAGGGCAUGGAGGACGCCGUGGACUACUUCAACCUGCUGGAUACGCAGAUCCGUCACUACCUUGAGCCUCAGAGCCAUGAGCUUUUCCAGAAGAAGCUCAGAGACCGGGCCUUGCAGGACAUGCCCAACUUUCGCUGGUGUGCCCACUGUUCGUUCGGGAUGCUGCACGAGGCUGACCGGCUGAGGAUGGACUGUCCCAACUGUAGAAAGAGCACCUGCUCCCGAUGUAAAUCACCUUGGAUUCCUGAGCACCAGGGUGUGUCAUGUGAAGACUUUAAAAGAUGGCAGCUUCAGUUCGACCCCAACAACCUGCAGUCUCUGGAGCUGGACAGCGCCCUCCUCAGGAAUAAAAUAGAGUGUCCUAACUGCCAGCUGGUCUUCUACCUUUCCAAGGGCGGCUGUCUCCACUUCAGCUGCAGCCAGUGUCAGCAUGAGUUCUGUGGCAGCUGCAGCCAGCCCUUCAUCCUGGGUUCUAACUGCUUGUUCUCCAAGGACUGUUCCUCCAGGGGCCUUCACGCCCACCACCCCAGGAACUGCCUCUACCACCUGAGGGACUGGACUGCGGCCCGCCUCCAACUGCUGCUACAGUGCUACAAGGUGCCCCCGUCAUGGCUGGUCCCAGACCCGACCGGGCCACCCCAGUCCUCAUCCCCAGGAGUGUGUUGGGUGCUGGAGGUCCCUGAUGACAGCAGCUCCAGGGAGGAGCCGUGUGGCCGGCCAGCGCUGCCAGAACACUCCGGAGUCUGCGGGCUGCACCACAAGGAGCGCUUGGUGGAGGUGGUGCGGCGGGCGGGGCUCGACCCGGCCACCCUGUAUGGGCGGGCGGAGCUGGAGGCGGAGCUAAAGCGCUGGUACGUGACGGUGGCGCCGCGGGCCGAAGGGGAGGCGGAGCAGCAGUACCUCCAGCGCCUCCGCAAGAGCCUGACCCGCAUUCCUCUGAGUAAGGACUCCUCCUCCCCCUCCUCCCAGCCAAGCACCAGCACCAACCGACAACCUGGCAUCUCUUCUUCCUCCGCCUCUUUGUCUCAAACGUGGGCCACGACGCCAGGACGUAAAGCGCUCCAUUAAACGCUGCUAGGCGGGCGAACGGCUCCACCUGAUGUCCAGAUGGUGUCACUACAGGGAGCGCUGCUCAGCCGUGGGAACGCGAUUAAACACAGGCUCCAGGCUAUACUCACUCCAUAAACCUAUUGCCACUAAGUGGUUACAUUUAUAUGUGUUACUAAUGAUGUUUAACCCUUUUAAAAAGAAAAAAAAACAUGUAAAUUCAGCAGUGGCCUUCUCUCUCGUGUCGGUAAACUAAUAGAAAGCGCCCCGUUCUAACCGGCGGUGUUACAUCGGUCAUGAGAAAGGACAGUGAAUAAGAAAAACAAUAACUCAAUAGUCUGACUUAUCUAGACAUCUUAGCAGCUAAACGCGUCACGUACUGUCCAGGGCAACCAGUCAAACAGUCGUGUACAGUUGGUUGGGAUAACGUAGCCUAUUAAGUUAAAGGAAGUAUUUUUCAGUCAAAAACCAACUGUUACCUCUGAAAUGCUAAGAUCAUUUGAAACUUUAUUAUGGCGUGUAGAAAUGUUUCUUUGGGAUUUUUGGUCCAUUAUCAUAACAUUUAGGAUAGACUUAAACAAAAAUCGUUUUUGUCUUUCAGUUCAGACCAACAAAUGGCCAGUGUGGCCUUGCUCAUCUUGUCUAGCUCUGUUUGCUAUGCACUUUUAACUGUUGAGUUUAAUAAAAACAGAUUGCGAAA